GUUCGGGGAAACAGACGAGGCCUAUCAGGCCCGGAUGCUGGCCUGGAGUACCGAAACCAAGAGACAGGCAGAUGACGCAGCAACAACAGCGAAGAAGAGGGCAGAGGACGCCGAGCAGGCAUGUCUGCUGGCAAUUGAACAACAAUGCCAGCAUGACGAGGCAGCAGCAAAGGCUGCCGAUGAAGAACGAAUUCAACGUCGUGAGAAGAUAUUUAGCGGAGAGCAGACUUUGCUCACAAUGGCAGCGGAUUGGCAGGCCGAGGCCGAGAAUGGCAAGAUGGAGGAUAGCGAAAACAAGAUCGCUCUACUCCUCUCCCAUCUCACGGACCUCGUGGCAACAUGCAUUACACAGCAGGAGGACAUCCAUAGCCUCGAUGACGCGCUGACUCAAGUCCACGGCCGCCUCCAGCAGUUGGAGCAGCGACCUGUCGCCGCCCCCGAUGCAACCUCUUCCAACACCUUCGAUCGCCUCGAAGCAUUGGAGAUGGACGUCGGCUCCCUCAAGGACGGCGUGCAGUUACAGCAGACCGCAACGCAACAGUUGGAGCAGCGGAUCGGUACUGCCGCCAACAACUCGAGUUCGGAACCACGCGAGACAGCUCCAAAGUUUGACGGGCAGGAGAUCUUCUACGACUCGACGAAGACAAAUCCGAUUCCAUGGUUCUGCAAGUUCGAGCUCACACUGCAGCGGCACUACGUCAAAGAACACAAGCACCACGCGUACUUAUACUCCUGGUUGGGGGGCGCGUGCCAGGCAUGGUUGGACAAUCUCUUGUCCAAGUACGGAGUAGUAGCUAGCGACUUGCACACCAAGAUCAGCUGGGACGAUCUGAAGGCGGCGUGGCAUAAGCGGUUCCAAGUAGAGCAGCUAAUGGUCUUCGAGCAAGGCACGCUGCCGAGUGUCGACUGGAUUGCUGAGUACCAUUGCUUGACAUCCGUCCCAAAAAUCCAGUUGGGUUUCAAAGCCAUCCGCCACUAUUUCAUCUCAAGGUCGUGUCCGGCAUCAAGCAAUGCCCUGACUCACGUCGAGGACACCUUGACGACAACGACGAAACUCUUUGACAAGGCCGCGUAGAUCAUUAUCACGAACAAGGAGGCUAAGAACCUGCGUUCGUCUGUGGCAGACCCAGGCAGAGACCAGCAUCGGCCAAGAGUGGCCGUGGUCGCGGCGGCAACGCCGUUUGACCAAACUAGUGAGGCCGUGUCUGCCAAUGAAGGGGAUAGACUUGC